GUGCGGUGAGAAAAGAGGAAACAGAAGUGGCCGUGUAGCGGAAGUGGUGCUGCCCUGAACGAUACGCCAAGCGAGACGGAGGACGGAGGCUGAAUCGUCCAGAGAGCAAGAGAGAGAGAGAGAGAAAAAAAAGCAGGAUUAAAAAGUCAUCGCUAUCUCUAGAAAAUGGAUAAGAGCGACCUGGUACAGAAGGCCAAGCUUGCUGAGCAGGCUGAGCGCUACGAUGAUAUGGCUUCAGCCAUGAAGGCAGUGACGGAGCAAGACUCUGAGCUGUCAAAUGAGGAGCGCAACCUUCUCUCUGUUGCCUACAAGAAUGUCGUAGGAGCGCGGCGUUCAUCCUGGCGCGUAAUCUCCAGCAUCGAGCAGAAGACUGAGGGCAAUGACAAAAAACAGGAGAUGGCACGUGAAUACCGGGAGAAGAUAGAAGCUGAGCUGCAGGAAAUCUGCAAUGAUGUGCUUGAGCUACUGGACAAAUUUCUCAUUCCAAAAGCAUCUAAUCCCGAAAGCAAGGUGUUCUAUCUGAAAAUGAAAGGCGACUAUUAUAGAUACCUGUCUGAGGUUGCAUCUGGGGAUAAGAAGAAGACUACAGUGGAUAAUUCCCAGAAGGCAUACCAGGAAGCUUUUGACAUUAGCAAGAGUGAGAUGCAACCAACACACCCCAUUAGGCUUGGCCUGGCCCUCAACUUCUCAGUCUUCUAUUAUGAAAUCCUAAACAACCCGGACAAGGCCUGCACCCUGGCUAAAACGGCAUUUGAUGAAGCCAUCGCUGAACUCGACACUUUGAACGAGGAUUCCUACAAAGACAGUACCCUGAUCAUGCAACUACUAAGGGACAACCUGACUCUGUGGACAUCAGAAAACACGGCAGAUGAGGGAGAGACCGAAGGAGGGGAAAACUAAUGGAAUUGCACUGUUAAUCCACCUACACUCUUUAUCUUAAACACAGACAGCUUAUAUACAUCCCCCUCCACUCCAUCAGCCCCUCCCACUUCUGUAUGACAAGCAGCCUGAAUUGCUCCUGACCAACUAGUUUACCCCUCUGUUUACUGUCAGGUGACAGGGUAAUUUUUUUUUUUUUUUUUCAGUCGUUAGCAGAUUCAGUCACUCUGUGGAAAAAUGUGUUGAUUAGUGAGUCCACGUUGCUUCUUCUUUUUUUUUUUUUUUUUGGUCAGCUUUGUGUGUAGCGAGUGUGAGUGGAUGUGAGAGAUUGUGUG